AUGUUUCGAUACACCGUUGCAGUUUCGCGAGGUGUGAUCUCGCGACACCUACCAGCCCCGCACGCCUCACGAUUCACGUCUAGGACAUACUCGUCUUUUUCUCAGCCCCCAAAGAGAGACUCGCCUGCAACAAUCGCAGUCACAUUUGGCACUUUGGUCGCCGGUGCCUCCUUCUUCUACUUCGUCAGUCAGUCUGGGAGCUCCAACGCUGUCCCGUCCCUCGCCGAACCUGCGUCUGAGAACCACAUCGCUGUCAAGUCCCCUGUCCGAGUCUUUGGCCUGAAAGAGGCGAAUGCCAGAAUCAGAGAACACGCCACGAGUUUCACUUUUGACGGUAACGGCGGGAAUGGUAGAGUUGAUGUCGUACGUUUGGCUAGUAAUAACCCGGUUGAGGAUGAAUGGGCUGUUGCUGUGGGCAAGGGCGUUGGGGGACAAAAAACCUUGUAUACAGGCGUAUACGAUGGUCACGCUGGUUGGGCAACGUCAGCGGUCCUUCGACAGGCUCUGAUUCCAUAUGUCUCAAAUGCUGUCAGCCGCGUUGCAACAUCAGCCAGUUCUGAUCUGAUCGACUCAGCAAUCAAAUCUGCGUUUGGCAAUCUUGAUGCUCGCAUCAUGGACGAGGCUAAACACGCGGCUGAAGGAAGCUCGGAGCCUGCUUCUCCAAGUGUCCUUGCCGCCAUAGCUCCCGCCAUCUCGGGCUCCUGUGCUUUGCUGUCCAUGUAUGACUUGGCCUCUUCAACUAUCCGAACUGCCGUGACAGGUGACUCGCGAGCAGUUCUUGGAUCCUGGUCCGAUGAGUCUGGCAGCUACACUGCGGAAGCUCUCAGUCAGGACCAGACAGGCUUUAAUCAAGACGAGGUGAAACGUUUGGACAAGGCCCACCCUGGCGAGAUUGAUGACAUUAUCGAUCCCAAAACCGGACGUUUGUUGGGAAUUGCCGUCACUCGUGGCUUCGGUGAUCACCGAUGGAAAAUGACCGAGCAAGCUAUCAAGUCCCUCCAAGGAAGCUUCUAUGGGUUUGGUCCACGACCAAAGUACAAGUCACCACCCUAUAUGGUUGCCGAGCCUGAAGUGACGUGUCACAAAGUAAGCACAAAAGAUUUUGUUAUUCUCGCCUCUGACGGACUUUGGGAUGCCAUGUCCAACGACGACGCCGUCAAGUGCGUUUCGAGAUGGUUGGCUGCUAAAAGGGCAGGCAAACCCGAAACCGUCGUGGACGCCAAAACAACAUUCACUGUUGGAGACGACGGGUGGCCCUCCUACAAAGCAACACCUGAGUUCUUUGCCAUUGAGGACCUUGACAAUGCGGCUGUUUGCCUUGCGAAGAAUGCAUUGGGUGGAAGUCGCCGUACCAUGUUUUGUGGCUCGGUGACUGCUUACCCCCCCAUCAGUCGAUACGUCCGAGAUGAUGUGACCAUCCAAGUUGUCUUCUUCCAAGACCCGUCAGGCACGACCAAAAAUUGA